UUGCAUAAAUGGCACUCACUAUUUAUUAAUAAAUGGGAAGCGAAAUUCUGAUAAUUUAUAUAUAUGAGCGCACCAAGGAUUUGUGGCCCAGUGUUUGUGUCUGUAAGCCAAUGUAGAGCACCCGUUCGCUUCGAAUGGCCAAGUAAAUAAACAAAAGUGGAUUUUUACACUCAUUGCCGACAGCGCACAAUAAAAUGUGUGAAAAAUGUGCUAGAACCAGUGGAAAUGCAACCGCGUAGACCAAAUAAAUAAAUAGAAACUCGGAGAGCCUCGUUUGUUUGCUAAGAAAUUAAAUGAAAAUCGAUCAUUUGGGAAAUAAACGAAUGGCCGGCCAGUCAGCCAGCGGAAUUCAAAUAAAUAAAUGCCACACCAUUGUGUGUGCCCCAAAGUAACUAAUCAAAGUGUUCGACAGGUUCCUUCGGCGAUAGCAAGUGGAAGACAAUGUCGCGGAUAUGCUAAGUGGAAAUGGAUCCGAUGAUUUGUGAUCUGUGGUCUGGCCGCAUCUGGCUAUUGAUUCUCAUUUGCCUCUGGGGCUUUCAGCAGUCCCGCGGUUUUUUUGUUGACUAUACAGAGAACACGGAGUUAAUUCAACAGAGAGCCGGAUUCGAUGUCAAGCUGCAGUGCAAUCUCAAAGGUCUGGUCGAUGAGAGUAUGCUGAAUGACAUCAAGAUACAUUGGUACUUUAAGCAAUGCAGCGAAAACAAUUGCCAUCAGUUGGGAUCUGUGGAUGAGUGGACUGCUCUGCCAUGUGAGCCGAGUCUGUGUCGUCCGGAACUCUGGCUCCGGAAUGUGACGGAGCGGUAUUCGGGACUGUACAAGUGCAGCAUUAAUCCACACAUUUGGGAUAAAGCCCAGGCUGUGGAUGUUCAACUGGUUCGCACCUAUCAGCUGGAUGUUAAGAACACCUCAUUGGCAGCCCCUGAGUUUGUGGACUCGUAUCCCAACAACAAGACCACGUUGGUGGGCAGUAGGGUGGUGUUCCAGUGCCGUGUUCACAGCGAGGAGCAUCCCACAAUCAAGUGGUUUCGCCGGCAGACCUACGUGGGAACUCAGUCAGCUGGAGAAACCUCCUCGGCACCCACAACCUCCAAUUUUAGCAACCAUAUAGUCCGGUACAAUGGUCGAACAUAUGAACUACUGUCCACCGAUCCAGAAAAGAUGAUGGCACCCCAGAUAUAUCUCAGCAAAUUGAUUCUGGACGGAGUGAGGCUAAGAGAUGCCGGACACUACGCCUGCGUGGCCAUCAGCUAUCGAGGCCAUAAGAUACGGGAGGCCUUCCUGGAUGUGCUGGCCGACGUGGAGGAUACGGAUCAGGAGAAUGAGUACUGGUCGGACUACGGUAAUGAAGAUGAGGGAGUUCCGACUAGCGAUCGACGGGAGUUCCUGCUGCUCUUCCUUAUGCCUCUGGGAUUGGCUCUUCUUCCAUUGACCGUGUGGUUCAGUUAUCUGUUGUACAAACGCUACUCUGUGGGACACGGCGAUUGCCAGCGAAUAGAUUCGGACGAGGAUCUGGACACGGAAAGUUUUCGGCAGACCAAGUCCUCAUUUGGACACCGCCGCCAUCGUCAUCACCGCAUCUGAUUGCAGCAAACCCAUACACGCUAAAGCAGCCUG